AUGGCGGCCGCGAAGCGCAGCGUUCUCUCCUCGCUGGCGGUUUACGCCGAGGACUCGGACCCAGAGUCGGACAGCGAGGCCGGCACGGCGGGGAGCGAUGGGGGAGCACCCACGGGUGAGGGCGGGCAGGGAGCUGGGACAGGAGGCGGGCUGGGCCGCCAGAGUUUCCCCGUGCGGCCCGCGCCGGCCUGGCGCUCUCCUCUAUGUGAAGGGAAGGCCCCGCACGCAGCCACUUCCCCUUCUCUCACAGUUUUCCUUUUCUCUUCCUCCUUAGGAGAGAAAGGAGGCUUGGUCUCAGUUGGGUAUGGAGAAGAUGACUUUACCCGCCUGGAUGGGGACGAGGAAGGGUACGAAGAGGAGGACGAUGAGAACAGCAGGCAGUCAGAAGAUGACGAUUCAGAGACUGAAAAACCUGAGGCUGGUGACCUAAAGGAAUUCUCAGAAGUGGAGAAAAGAGAUCCUCAGGAGCUAGUUGCUUCUUUUUCAGAGAGAGUGCGGAACAUGUCUCCAGAUGAGAUCAAAAUCCCUCCUGAGCCUCCUGGCAGAUGUUCUAACCAAUUGCAGGAUAAAAUUCAAAAGCUGUAUGAGAGGAAAGUGAAAGAGGGCAUGGAUAUGAACUACAUCAUCCAGAGGAAAAAGGAAUUUCGUAAUCCCAGCAUCUAUGAAAAGCUGAUCCAGUUUUGUUCCAUUGAUGAACUCGGUACAAAUUAUCCAAAGGACAUGUUUGAUCCUCAUGGCUGGUCAGAGGAUUCAUAUUACGAGGCACUAGCUAAAGCCCAGAAGAUCGAGAUGGACAAACUGGAGAAGGCCAAGAAGGAACGCACAAAGAUCGAAUUUGUGACUGGCACUAAAAAGGGUACAACAACAAGUGCUGCUUCCACAACCACCACAACAUCCAGCACCACUGUGGGAGAUGCCCAGAAGAGGAAGAGCAAGUGGGACUCUGCCAUCCCUGUCACGACGAUAGCUCAGCCCACCAUCCUCACCACCACUGCAACACUGCCAGGUGUUGUCACAGUGACAACCAGUGCCAGUGGCUCCAAAACCACAGUGAUCUCAGCUGUGGGCACCAUUGUGAAAAAGGCCAAGCAGUGACUGCUGUGCUGGGCCUGGAAUCUUGGACUUGUUUGUCACUGAAGCCAUUGUCCUUGGAAGGGAGGGGUAGCUUUCUCCUUUGGUAAAAGAUGACAGGAUUCUUUGAAGCAGCCCACAGUUCCCCUUUGGAAGGCUGGGGGCAGGAGCAGGAUGCCAGCUGUGUGCCCACAGGAAUGGACCUCUGCCCACCAUGCCUCUGCCUUUGCUUGCUGGGAGAAGAACCAGGCUGCCUGUGUUGUGCUGGAGGAAGGCGGUGUCUGGAGUCAGCUUGUAAAAGUUUGCUUAUUAAUUACUGCAUUGGGGUCUUACCUACUUGCAAGUUUGGUUUAGGGGGAAAAAAGAAAAUAAAUUAAAAGGGCAAGCAGUGAUGGACUGUCAGUGUUAGCCUGUGUGUACCAGGUGGUGCUCCAGGACUGCCUGCAGCCUGUGCAGGUGCCUCCCUCCAGGGUGAGCUCAGUUCUGAGGGAGUUGAAGCAGAGACAACCACUCAGUGUCCACGUCCAGAUGUGUAGCAGAGACUUGAAGCAAACUACAUCAGUGAGUGUAGGCUCACUCCUUGUUCUAGCACUGACACCUGUACCCUGUGCUCUCUGUGUAGAUCUUAGUGUGAAACUGUGGAACUCUUGUGGAAACUGUGCUGGAACAUCCUGUUCCCAUCUCACAGGGAUGGAGAUUUCUAUGCAGAACCCUCAAGCUGUAGAGAUUUGAUUUGUGAACUCACUUGCAAAGACCUGUGCAGAAAACACUUCUAUUGCCACGGACUGAGGUUGGACAGCAGAUAAGCAGAGGAGAGUGUCUGAUCCUUUUUGUGAUGUUGUCCAUCUUUGUUUUAGCUUGUGAUGUUCUGUUAAUGCACACAUGGCAAUUACUGCUUGCUCCACUGUCGUGAAAAAGUAUUUUCAGUUGAAAUUUUUGUUGUAUAAAAAUUGAAAAGUCUUUUAAAAAA